AUGGAGUUGUUCGGUUCCGCUAGUCCUCUUCAAAUCGUACUUUCAAAUGAAAUUGACGAUUUAUGUACACAAUUCUUAAAAGGUCAGAUAGAAACAGCAUUUAAAACCCUGACUUUUCCAAGACCUUUUUGGAAUUCUGUCGUGUCCCAAGAGUCUUUCGAUGUUUUAGCAACUUUGCUUUAUCAAUUAUCGAGUUUAGGACGAGGUUCUCUUGGUAAUGAGGUUUCGAAAAUAUUGUUGGUGAAUUCCAAUGACAGGCUAAAACGGGUAUCGCCAAAGCUAAAGACUUAUGAAAUCCUCUUGAAUUCAGUAUUUCAAUUAAUAUUUUUACUUGCAAAGAAAUGGGGACAGAAAGCUUACAGACGUACAAACUCCGUGCAAAGUUCACAUCAUGAUCAUCCAGGCAACUCGCCUAUGAAGGAUGUACUAGUAAACAAAAUAUAUCUUUUUUUCAAAAGGUGGAUGCCAGCUCUGUCGCGUAUUUAUUCCAUUAUACGCCUUUUGUUUUUCAUAAAUAAGCAUCAUUGUCGAACAUUAUCUCAACUUUUGCUCGGCCUUCGUUACAUUUCAAUAGGCACCUCAGAAAGAAGCUUUACAAAUAAGAAGUUUUUUCUACUUCUAUUUUACAAUUGCAUAAGACUGGCAAUAUCGAUUUUGAAGAAUACAAAACGAGGCAAGCAUUUACUUGUACCAGAAACAGACAACGACUCUUGGUCAUUAGAGUCCGCAACUCUAGAGAAUUCUGAAGCCUUCUCUUUUAUACCUGCUCCUUCUAGAAAAUGUGCUUUGUGUAUGGAAUGGAUGCAUAGACCUACAGUUACUGAAUGCGGCCAUAUAUAUUGUUGGCAUUGUAUAUACAACUGGACAAAAACAAAGCCGGAAUGUCCCUUGUGUAGAUCUUUUGCCUCCACUUCGAAGCUAAUCUUACUUCGGUAG